AUGGUUUCCAAACUCCUCUUGAUCACCCUGGCCAUCGCCUACGUCGAGGCCCGCUUCGGCCAAGAGCAAAUCCCCAUCCCCGCCAUCGGAGCCGUCCAGGGCGGCGCACCAGGCGCUGCAGGCACCAUCAGCGGCGCCGCCAUCAGCGACCUCCUCGGCGCCGCCAACUCGUGCGCAAAGCUCCAGCGCGCCGACCAAGUCGUCUCCGAGCUCGGCGGCGGCGCCGACGCCAUCGCCGCCGCCAUCGGCCUCGUGACGGCCGAGAAAAACACCAACCCCUUUGCCAACGGCAACGUCCAGAACGUCUGCGGCGACCCCAGUCUGCCCGCGACCGCGGAGCUGAGGGGCAUCACGCCGCUGAUUGAUCCCGAUGUCGAUGCGGGCGGUGCCGCGGCGGCGCUCAGUAAGAGUUCGGCUGCUAGCCCGCUGAAUGCGGAUGGGCUUAGUGUGUUCGAUCUCAUGAGCGCGGCUGGGCUGGGCGAUCUGGUGGUGUCGCAGGCGGCGGCUGGUGGGGCUGCUGCGGGUGCUGCUGGGGCUGGUAAUGCUGGUGCUGGUAAUGCUGGUGCUGGUAAUGCUGGUGCUGGUAAUGCUGGUGCUGGCAAUGCUGGAGGCAAAGCGGGUGGCAAUGCUGGAGGCAACGCUGCUGGAGGCAACGCUGCUGGAGGCAACGCUGCUGGAGGCAACGCUGCUGGAGGCAACGCUGCUGGAGGCAACGCUGCUGGAGGCAACGCUGCUGGAGGCAAUGCUGCUGGUGGCAAUGCUGCUGCUGGUAACGGUGCUGCUUGCAAUGCUGGCAACGCAGCCGCUGGCAACGGAACCGCCGCUGCUGGUGGCAACCAGAACGCGGGCAAUGGAAAUGCCGGCAACAACAAUGCUGGUAACAACAAUGCUGGCAACAGCAAUGCUGGUAACAACAAGGGUAAUGCCGGCAAUGGAAAUGCAGGCAACCAGAACGCUGGUAAUGGAAAUGCCGGUAACAACAAUGCUGGCAACGGCAAUGCCGGCAAUGGCAAUGCUGGUAAUGGCAAUGCUGGCAAUGGCAACGCGAAUCAGGAUGCUGGUAACAAUGCUGGAAACAAUGCCAACCAAGGCGCCGCCAACAACAACAACAACAACAACAACAACAACAACCAAGGCGCCAACAACAACAACGCCAACGCAGGAGCAGGAGCAGGGGCAGGAGCAGGAGCAGCAAACGGCGCAGCCGCCGGCGGUGCCGCAGACUUCGGCCAGUGCACACCCACCAUCGACCUCGCCGGCGGCCGCGGCAACCGCCCCGCCGACGAACUCACAUUCCAGAUCACCGACCCCCUCGCCCGCGGCGGCCAGCAAGAAGCCCUCAACCCCAAUAUUAUUACUUCUGCUCUCUGCAACCAGCUUACUAACGUGUGCGGCGCCAAUGCCGCCGCGAUCGCGAAGUGCGAGGAUGCAAAGGCCCAGGUCGCAGCGGCCGGGACCCGGGACCAGAGCACCGCGGAUCUGUUCAACUCCGCGAUCGGCUUUGGCGGGGCUGCAAAGCGUAGCGUGAGCAGGAGCGUGAGCAGGAGCAUGAGGAGGGGGUUGAGGCUGUAA